UCGUUCCGACCGUUCAUUUCACCUCCCUUCCCUUCCCUUGCUGGCGCGAGGGACGGGAUAAUGGCGGCAGCGUGCUCCCUCUCGCUCCUCCUACCCCUCGCGCCACCAGCAAUACCCGCGCCGGCGCUCUUCUUCUCGAGAUCUGCUGCUUCUCGCCGUGCUUGGAAUGCCGGGGGAGGAUGCGGAGGCGCCACGGGACGCUUGCGCCUCACGAGGCUGCGCCCUGCUGCCGCCGUCGCCGAAGAAGUGGAGCAGACCGAGGCCAUGAUGAGGGUGGCUGCCGACGACGAAAGCAUCACCGCUACCGUAGUUUCCGCGCUGCUCACCAUCGCGUUCGUCGGUCUCUCGCUCCUCACCAUCGGGGUGAUUUAUCUGGGGGUGCAGGACUUCUUGCAGAAGAGGGAGAGCGAGAAGUUUGCGAGGGAAGAGGAAGAGAGGCAGAAAGAGGAGGCGAGGAAGAAGAGGGCCAAGGCGAGGGGAAAGAAAAGAAAUCGGCAAUGACUGGUUCUUCAGUAACCCCAAUGUGAUCAUUGAUGGCUGGUUCUUCUGUAACCCCAAUAAAUCUUCGGCAUAUGAUUUUUGUGCUGGUUUUAUGUCACUCUGAAGUGUGACAUAUCCUUUUCUUGUAUUGGUUCUGUUCAAGUUAGCUUCAAUCCAUGUCGUUUCUUUGGUUCUGUGACAGUAAAUUAUCUCUCACUAGUUUUGUACUACAAAUGCACGGUAAAUUAUCUCUCACUUGAGUUUGCUCUUCAACAUACUACACUUGAAUACAAAUAUAAUGGCAUGUUUUGGUCGCA